AUGUAUCCCUCUACCGUUCUCGCUGCCGUUCUGGCACUUUCUCCCUCCUUGGCCGCCGCGCAGGUCGUCGGCAAGGCCUAUGGAUUCGCGACCGGCGUGACUGGUGGCGGUUCUGCAAAGGCUGCCGCGCCCUCUGAUAUUGCGCAGCUCAAGACCUGGCUCUCCGACAGCACUGCGCGCGUCAUCCUGAUCGACAAGACUUUCAACUUCAAGGGUACCGAGGGAACCGUUUCCGAGAAGGGUUGCCGCGCCAAGUCUGGAUGCAACGCCAGCAACGGUGGACAGGACACCAUCGGCAAGGCAUCCUGCGAUGCGAACGAGAACGUCGUCGACGUCAAGUACGAUAAGGCUGCGAAGACGCAGUUGACCGUCGGCAGCAACAAGUCCAUCGUCGGUGUCGGCAGCAAGGGUGUCAUUCAGGGCAAGGGCCUCAAGAUCCCCGAGGGCACCAAGAACGUCAUCAUCCAGAACAUCCACAUCACGGACCUGAACCCCCAGUACGUUUGGGGUGGAGAUGGCAUGAGCAUCGAGGGUGUUGACGGUCUCUGGAUUGAUCACUGCAAGUUCAGCAAGGCUGGCCGCAUGUUCAUUGUUUCCCACUUCAACCCUAGUCGCUUCACCAUCUCCAACACCGAGUUCGACGGCGUCACCUCCUACUCCAACUCCUGCAACAAGAACCAAUACUGGGGAACUAUGUUCGUUGCCGAUGGAGACAAGUUUACCCUCGACCGCAACUGGUACCACGACAUGUCUGGCCGCGCUCCCAAGAUCAGCGGUUCCGGCACCACCGCUCAGGCCGUCAACAACUACUUCUCCAACAACCUCGGCCACGACUUCGACAUCACCUCCGGCACCAACGUUCUCCUGGAGGGCAACGUCUUCGAGAAGGUCAACACCCCGAUCACGGCCGACUCGAGCAAGAGCGGCGCUCAGAUCUUCAAUGUCCCCGACUCCGGAUCCAUCUCCACCUGCAGCUCCUCGCUCGGCCGCAACUGCGUCGCCAACUCGCUCUCUGGCAGCGGUGCCUGGCCUAGCCUCAAGAGCACCACGGCGCUCAGCACCCUGGGCAAGAGCAAGGCCAACCUGGUUGCCCCUAUCCAGGCUAGCAACGUCAAGUCGACCGUUUCUAGUAAGGCUGGUAUUGGUAAGAUCUAA